AGAAAUGACCAUGCUACGAUCCCACUGUUGACAUUUUUUUUUUUCAAUCAAGUCAAAAUAUAGAUUGAUUUGUGUAAGAGAAACAUUUAUAUCUUGAAAGGGAAGUAUUAAUUUCAGCUGUUUUUGUUUUUUAUUAUAGAACUAGGCGGGUUUUACGGUGGGAAUGAAUGGGCUGGAGCACUGUCUUUCCCAUCCUGCAGUCCUGGACGGAAAUGCAGAAAACAAAGACUGGCCAAGGUGGACCACUGCUUUCUUUGUGCGCGUCUUCUUUUUUAUCAAUUUCAGUCACUUAACUAAAACGAAGUCUCGCCGACGUAUCCGGCAUUGGCCACAUUACGGACUCAAACAUCAGUCUCAGCACUCGUUGAAGUUUUGCGACCUACUUUAGCCUAGCCUAGCUGGCCAACUGCUAACAAAGCUGCAAGGCACGUCCUCAAUCAAAACGUUCAGAAAAUGUCCGGGAGAACGACAGCGGCUGAUGAGGAACAUUGUGGAGUUGAAGAGGAGCUCCCACGUCAACAACAGUCGACUGUGUGCAAAAUAAUGCACGCAGAGUUUGUUCUUCACACACUAGAAGGUGCCAGCCAAGCUGAUCUUCCUGCGCUCCAGGAGUCGCCAUGCAUCAAGGAGGAGGAGAAAGAGUUGCCGUUCAUCAAGGUGGAGGAGGAAGAGUUCAUACAACUUCAAGGUUUCAGAAAAAAUCUAAUUGCUGACCGGCAGGAGCCAGACUCUCCUGGCGUUAAAGAGGAUGUUGAGCUCCCCCAAAUCAAGGAGGGGGAGCCAGAGCCCUGUCAACAGACAGAGAGAGAAGAGCAACUUCCAAUAAAAAAAGAGGCGGAGGAGCUGCCAUAUGUUAAAGAGGAGGAAGGUAUCACCAGGUCGACUGGUGAGCCCUUGAAGAUUGAAGAUGGUCCGAGUGAGGCCAGCGGAGGGGCGGAGCCUCCAAGUGGCCGCAGCAGCUCAACAAAAGGAUUGCAAGCAAACAUUUUCAUCCUUCCAUCUGACACAAAUGGCACCACGUCACACUCUCCUUACAAUGAUGAUGGUCAUAAGAAAUCUCACCGUGAGGACAAACUCUGCAAAUGCUCUCAGUGUGGGAAAACCUUUGCAAAUAAAUAUGGUUGUCGUAGGCAUAUGAGGAACCACACUGGUGAAAAACCUUUUGUCUGCUCAGUUUGUGGUAAAAGUUUCACUGCAAAGCAACAGUUAGAACAACAUACAAGAACCCAUACUGGCAAAAAACCAUUUUCCUGUUCAGUUUGUGGUCAAGGAUUUAGUUUUAAGAGCUCCUUAAUAAUGCACAGAAGAAUCCAUACUGGUGAAAAACCUUUUGCCUGCUCAGUGUGCGGUCAAGGAUUCGCUCAAAAAGCAACCUUAAAUAGACACAAAAAAACCCACACCGGCGAAAAACCUUUUUCCUGCUUAGUUUGUGGUCAAAGAUUCACUGUAAAGCAACAAUUAGAACAACACACAAGAACCCACACUGGCGAAAAACCUUUUUCCUGCUCAGUGUGUGGUCAAGGAUUCAGUCGCAAGAGCAACUUAAACACGCACACAAGAACCCACUCUGGCGAAAAACCUUUUUCCUGCUCAGUCUGUGGUCAAGGAUUCACUCACAAGGCAACCUUAAAAACACACGAAAGAACCCACACCGGGGAAAAACCGUUUUCCUGCUUAGUUUGUGGUCAAAGAUUCACUCAAAAGGAACACUUAAAAAUACACACAAGAACCCACACUGGCGAAAAACCUUUUUCCUGCUCAGUUUGUGGUCAAGGAUUCAGUUGCAAGAUGUCCUUAAAAAUACACGAAAGAACCCAUACUGGCGAAAAACCUUUUUCCUGCUCAGUUUGUGGUCAAAGAUUUGCUCAGAGGCAACACAUAAAACUACACACAAGAACCCACACUGGGGAAAAACCUUUUUCCUGCUCAGUUUGUGGUCAAGGAUUCAGUCAAAAGAGCGCUUUAAAAAUACACGACAGAACCCAUACUGGCGAAAAACCUUUUUCAUGUGCCGUUUGUGGUCAAGGAUUCAGUCGCAAGAGCAACUUAAACACACACACAAAAACCCACACUGGGGAAAAACCUUUUUCAUGCUCAGUUUGUGGUCGAGGAUUCAUUCGGAAGGAUCGGAUGAAGAGACACGCGUGUGUUUGUGUAAGAAGCAGUGGACAGUGAGUGUUUUGCCUGUAAUCCAUGCUCUCUUCAUCAGAUUGUGCACGCAGGACGAGUGUAUUAUGUAGAGCUUGCUCAAAUCCUGUUGAGGAUUGGCCCUUUUGGUGCCUUACAUGUGCUUUGUCCAGUCCUUGUAUCAUGUGGAUCCACACUAUUGCCAAAAGUAUUGGCUGACCUGAUUUAACUCUCAAGUAAAGUGGCAUUAUUCAUACAGUACUCUCUCUUUCAAACUACACUUUUCACAGGCAAUAUUUGAAAGAUUAGACCCUAAAUUGCAAAAAUUCAGAAUCAUUAACGAAUCAAAUAAUUAUAUUAUUAUGGAAAAUUAUGAUUGGCUCACAAAUAUUAUGUUGGGGGGGGGGGGGGUUAUUAUAUAUAAUAUGAAAACUUACUAUUCCUGAUUGACAAUGAUAUAUUACAACAGUAUUAAAGCCAAAUAAAGGGGGUAUAAAAGGACUAUGAGAUUAAAGUCGUACUGUAGCUGAAUAAGCAGCUAUGCACUUUACAUACAGCUGGUAGCUACGACGAAGCAUGAGUACAAUUCCUUCUAAUCCAAUUCCUUAUUUGAUUUAGAAGAGCUAAAAGAUAAAGGAUUUCCUAAUUUUGGAAACUGAUUCUUAAACACACUUUCAAGAGAUGCUUUCAUUAUUGUUGAGUAUAGCGGAUGCAGCUUUUGCACGUGUCUGCCGGUGUUGUGCCGAAAAAUGUGAGCCCCGCGUGAAAGGUCUCCCCUGACGGGAGCGCCCACACAUCACUCGUACAAACAGCUUUUUCUUACCAAUCGAUGGACACAGAAAUGACUUUCUUGUACUGUGAAUAUGUAUUAUUUUACUCUGCUUGAACUAAUAAUUCUUGUCCUUUGAAUAUGUAUUAUUUUACUCUGCUUGAGCUAAUAAAAGUCAUACCUGUGUGAUUCUCAUUGAGAUAUGGUCGUGAAAACCUCUAGACUAAUACAUUUCUGUUCAAAGAUGGUUAUGUGGCCCAGUCCACGAUUUUUUACUAAAAUACAGUACUAGUAUUUUGUGUAAUUUAUUCAUGUAAAACUGAUUUUACAGUCUUAAAUCCAUUACUGUAAUGCGUCCAUGAAAACAUUUGAUGUUUUCACCUCAAUAAAGCGUUAUAAAUAAGCGCUCCAGUCAGAGGAGACAGUUCACGCGGGGGGUAUUUUUCGGCACAACACCUGUUUGCUCUGCGAGACGAGGAGGACUGCACAAUUCAAUUCAAUUCAAUUUUAUUUGUAUAGCCCUCAAUCACAACAGAAGUCUCAAAGGGCUUUACAGAGGCAAUAUGAUACACAAUUAGAAAUGAAGCAACAAAGAUGAAUAGAUACAGUUCAAGUCCUGGGUAUCCCCUAUCCUUAAGACCCUCCACGCCGGCAAGGAAAAACUCCAGAGUCAAUUGGGAGAAAAAUGAGAAAUCUUGAGGAGUACCACAGUCAGGAGAGAUCCACUCCCAGGACGGAUAGACAGGAACCCCAGAACUGCUAAUGGGAAUUAGCAAGCGAAGUUAUAGUCCGUAAAAAUACAGUGGAGCACAGGCUUAGCAUAGGCGGAGUUUGACUUUUGGGGUAAGGGGGGGGCACAAUAUGUUGAUGACCCCAAAACGCAGUGUUAGCAAUAAAAUUAACAAGAAUAAUCAAAAUAAGUUGUCAAUGAGCGUUUUUUGUUUCCCAUCAUUCUUGAGGGGAAUUCUAAAUCAGGCUGCUUUGUCAAUACUUUUUGCCAAGAUGGUCAUCCAUUGAAUUUGGUACGCCCGCCUGUAUCGUGCCAAUGUAGUUACCCCAGUCAAAAAUUUUAUCCGAUGAGCGGAGCCAUAUGGUGGUAGAUUUGGGUCUUCAUUAUUCAAUCAGAAAAAGUUGCUUCAAUUUAAAAAAAAAAGUUGCUUCAAUCAAAAUACAGUGGGGCAAAUAAGUAUUUAGUCAACCACUAAUUGUGCAAGUUCUCCCACUUGAAAAUACAGUGGUACCUUGACAUACAAUCGCUUCGACACACGAUCUUUUCGACAUCCGAUGUAAAAUUUGACUUGCCAUUUUUUACUACAUCCGACUACAUGCUCGAAAUACAAUGACAUGACAGCACCGCAGACGCACGGCGGAUUUUCUUGUGUGAGAAAUCAACACAUAAGGUUUCAAAAAGCUUGGUACAGGUGGUGAAACAAAGAAAAAGGUGACGCUUAGCUUUUAAAUGGAGUUGGAAAUUAUAGAAAAAUAAGCGUGGGGUGCGCAUCCGUGAACUGGCUCAAGAAUACAUCUCCACGGUCCUCCGACGACCACCGUUCGCCAGUCUUUAUAAGUUAAGCUGACAAUUAUUAUUGUCAGCUUAACUUAAUCGCCAGCUUCGCCACGUUUUUAUCAUUUAUUUCAAAACUUAUUCAACACAAAAUGCCUACCGCAAUUGACGGUGUUCUCAAGAAAACAUUGAAAGUGAAACUCUCAAGCUUACCGCUCUGUCUCUGGCACGUCAGCUCCGCGGUGCGUUCAGGUACAGCCAAAAACGUCCGCCACAUUGGAACCUGAUUUGUUACAUUAUUACAGGAAUUAUUGUUAUUAUUAUUAUUAUAUUAUUCCGAUUUGUAUUUAUAAUUUAUUGGUUUUGCUAUGUGUAAUUGCCAUUUUUAAUAGUACCAGCAGUAUUUUUUAAGGAUUUAGUGUAGGUUUUUGGGCUGUGGAAUUAAUGGAAUUAUAAUGCAUUCCUAUGAGAAAAUCCUGCUCGACAUACAACCAUUUCGACUUACAAACAAGGUCCUGGAACAAAUUAACUUCGUAUGUAGAGGUACCACUGUAUUAGAGAGGCCUGUAAUUGUCAAC